CAUCGUCAACCUCUUCACCACACAAAACUCUACUCCCGCCUAGUUAUCAUCAAGUACCAUUCCACUUCCUCUUCAUUUACACUUUUCAUAAAACAUCAUAUUCAAGAAAUUAAUUGCCUCUGAUUUUUUCCAAGCCAGCUGCAAGAAUGGCAGGCAUGGCUGGGAAGGAUGUUGAAACUAUGAGAAGAAGAGUGGCCUCUGUAGCUAGCCAUCUCAUGCCGGCGUCCCAUUUCAAUCCUAGUCAUGAUAGUGCAAUUGGGUUCUCAAGCUGCAGCUCUUCUAUGGACGACAGCUACCACAAAAAGCAUGGGGAAGUCCCUACUCAUGAGCCAAUUUGGAGACUCAUUGCUAGUGAUGAGUCUGGCAAGGAGUUUACUGACAUUAUUUAUGAAAAAGCUGUUGGAGAAGGCAUUGCCAAGAUAACAAUUAACAGGCCAGAGAAAAGAAAUGCCUUUGGACCACACACAAUUAAGGAACUUAUUCGUGCAUUUAAUGAUGCCAGGGAUGAUGGAUCUGUGGGGGUCAUAAUUCUCACAGGAAAGGGUACCAAGGCAUUUUGCAGUGGAGGUGACCAAUCAAUGAGAAGCAAAGAUGGCUAUGCUGAUAAGGAAAGUUUUGGUCGCCUCAAUGUUUUAGAUUUGCAGGUGCAAAUUCGUCGUCUACCAAAACCAGUAAUUGCUAUGGUUGCAGGUUAUGCCAUUGGGGGAGGACAUGUGCUGCAUAUGGUCUGUGAUCUAACAAUUGCUGCAGAAAAUGCUAUUUUUGGUCAGACAGGUCCUAAGGUGGGAAGCUUUGAUGCUGGCUAUGGAAGUUCGAUAAUGUCCAGAUUGGUUGGGCCAAAGAAAGCACGGGAAAUGUGGUUUCUGACUAGGUUCUACACAGCUUCUGAAGCAGAGAAAAUGGGACUCGUAAAUACUGUUGUCCCACUAGAGAAAUUGGAAGAAGAAACAGUUAAGUGGUGUAGAGAGAUCCUAAGAAAUAGCCCCACCGCAAUUCGAGUGCUCAAAGCAGCUCUAAAUGCAGUUGAUGAUGGGCAUGCUGGACUUCAGGAGCUUGGAGGAAAUGCAACCCUGAUAUUUUACGGAACUGAGGAAGGUAACGAGGGGAAGAAUGCCUACUUGCAACACAGACCACCAAAUUUUUCAAAAUUUCCACGCCUACCUUAGCAUCCUUACAUGUUUUUUUCCUCUCUUUCUCAUUCUUUGUGUUGUACACUUUAAUUUAGUCUCAUCACAAAUUGAAGAUUCUUGUUAGGUCCUUGAGCUGAAAAUUCUUAUAUGUUCUUUUGACCUUGUGCUUAACAGAGCACACGGAAGUAUGAAAGGGGCUAUUCUUGUACGUACUGAUUCUAAUGUUAUCCAUGAACUUUGCAUCAUUCUAUUCAAUUUUAAGAUGAUUUUGCCAAA